GGAGGGUUGUUAACUAGUUAAAACCAUUUUUUUUUCAUUUUCUUUCUGUCUCUCUCAUCAUCAUCUAAGGAGUCAGUGAAAUCAGAGUAGGCCUUGCAGUAGGUUUCUUAAACACUCUUGCUAUCUUUGCUCUUUCCUUGUAGCUUUUCUGCUGCUGCACUGCAACCAACAAAGUCCAGGCCAUUAUGAUUUUCUGAGCAUUACUUUGAUCACAAAUGAAGGGCAUGAUGGCUAAUCACAAUGCUAGUGCUAUUUAUGCAACAGAAAACCCAAAUGCCUUGAGUUGUUUCCCAUCCUCAUCUUCCUCUUCUUCUUCUUCACCUGGUUUUUCAAUGGGGAUGGUUUAUGCAGAUAUGGGCUCCCUCUCCCUCAGUGCCUCCAACUAUGGCCUAGUUUCUUCUCAGGAGACUAGUUAUUACAAUAUCUCAAACUCAAACCUCUCUCAUAACCUUGAUGUGGAAAAUGGUAACACACCUUAUUUCUGGGGCUUUCCACCGUCGACUUUGGGGACCAGAAGCGCCGAGGAACAGCUUGGCCACCGCAACAACAACAGUGACUUCCGCGGAGGCGGUAAGGCUUGUUCAGAUAGCAUAAGUGAUGAUGGGACUGAGGAACAUAAUGAGUCUAUGAAUCACAGAAAUGAGCAGUCAAAACAAUGUGCCAGAGGGCAUUGGAGGCCUGCAGAGGACUCCAAGCUCAAGGAACUUGUUUCUCUUUAUGGCCCUCAGAAUUGGAACCUUAUUGCUGAGAAGCUGGAAGGAAGAUCAGGGAAGAGCUGUAGACUGAGAUGGUUUAACCAGCUGGACCCAAGGAUCAACAGAAGAGCUUUCAGUGAAGAAGAGGAAGAGAGACUAAUGCAAGCGCAUAGAAUAUACGGCAACAAAUGGGCCAUGAUAGCUAGACUCUUCCCUGGAAGAACCGAUAACGCUGUGAAGAAUCAUUGGCAUGUUAUAAUGGCCAGGAAGUACAGAGAACAGUCCAGUGCUUAUAGGAGGAGGAAGCUU